GAAGCUGCGCAGGCGCAGUGUGAGCGGUAACAUGGCGUCGAGGUUUAAGCGGAGGGCCGUGGAAAGUGGGGUUCCGCAGCCGCCGGACCCCUUAGUCCAGCGCGACGACGAAGAGGAAGAUAAAGUCGUGGAUGAGGACGAAGGCGAUGACGACAGUGACGAGGAAGGGGAUGAAGAGGACCACGUCAUUGACGAGGAAGUGAAUAUUGAAUUUGAAGCUUAUUCCCUAUCAGAUAAUGAUUAUGACGGAAUUAAGAAAUUACUGCAGCAGCUUUUUCUAAAGGCUCCUGUGAACACUGCAGAACUAACAGAUCUCUUAAUUCAACAGAACCAUAUUGGGAGUGUGAUUAAGCAAACGGAUGUUUCAGAAGACAGCGAUGAUGAUAUGGAUGAAGAUGAAGUUUUUGGUUUCAUAAGCCUUUUAAAUUUAACUGAAAGAAAGGGUACCCAGUGUGCUGAACAAAUUCAAGAGUUGAUUCUCAGCUUCUGUGAGAAGAAUUGUGAAAAGAGCAUGGUUGAAAAGCUGGACAAGUUUUUAAAUGACACCACCAAGCCUGUGGGCCUUCUCCUAAGUGAAAGAUUCAUUAAUAUCCCUCCACAGAUCGCUCUGCCCAUGUACCAGCAGCUUCAGAAAGAACUGGCGGAGGCACACAGAACCAAUAAGCCAUGUGGGAAGUGCUACUUUUACCUUCUGAUUAGUAAGACAUUUGUGGAAGCAGGAAAAAACAAUUCCAAAAAGAAACUUAGCAACAGAAAGAAAACUGCGUUAAUGUUUGCAAAUGCAGAGGAAGAAUUUUUCUAUGAGCAGGAGCAGGGAAAACCUGAGGUGCUCGGAGGUCCAGACACAAGAAGAGGAUUGGAACCCGUUCCGAUACGGCACAAUGGUGGUUCACGAGGGCGAGUGACAGCCCUGGUUUCUCUGAAGGCUGGACUAAUUCAAUCAAGAUCAACUCUAAGUGAUUUCCAGGGAACCUUCAUGACUGUUGGAAUUGCUCUGUCAUAAUAAGGCAGGGAUAUUUAGGAGGCUCAUAGUCUCCUGGAGGGAUAAAACAUCUCAGCACCUAGUAACGGUAAAUUAGUCAAUAUUUGUUAGUUUCCUUUCAGAUGUCAAAUGCUAUGAUUUUCCGAAGUCUUAGUGUCAGAGUUUGAAAUACCUUGUUUUCCUUUUUUUUCUAAUUUUUACUUUAAAAGUAAUAGAAAAUAUUUUGUAAUGAUUAGGAUGAAAAUUUUAUCAUGUCAAUUAUAAGCCAAAAAUUGCUAAAAUUAAAGUCAGUAUACUUGAAACAAUUUCUAGUAAGUUUUCUGGGGUAAGAUACUAAUUACUUUGAUAAAGGGGCCAUUAAAAUAUCCAGUAAAAUGUUCAUAAGAAAAGAUUAGUUUAAGAGUCAAACAGUUUGCUUUGCUAGUACCUUAGCUAAAGAAAAAAUACCAUUAAAGAUAACUAUCACCUUUA